AUGACAAGGUGGAUGCGGUGGGCAUUAUGUGCUGUGAUAGUACUAAAGAUUCAAGCACAACCUCCACAACAAAGCGAAGAAUGCCUGAAGGCAAGUAAACAGUGCGAAGAGAACACAGAUUGCAUCCACAGACUGGCAGUGCUACAAAGUGCUUGGUAAGAGAGGUUUUUGGGGUUUUUAUCUGUGAGAUAGCUCUUAUUUUUUCUAACUGUCGAUAUUGACUAGGAUUUUCUUUUACAUUUUUUACUUUACACAGUUUAAAAUGGCAUUUUUUAAUUUUUCAUUACCUAUUUUAGUGUAACAAACACCUGCCAGCCCCAAUGUCGCGAAUCCGCCAUGAAUCUCUACCAAAACCGCGAAGGUCGUCAACUUCUUCGUACUGAUGCUUCAUGUGUGCCAGGACGUUACGAAUUAGAGAAAUGUGGUCUUCUACCUCUAAAAUCUCCAAAACAUUGUAGUAUGGCCAAGUUGGUGUGUGAGACUGACCUUCAAUGUAACGCCAAAUGGGAGGUGUUUGUAAGUGAAUGUGAAGGAGAAACCAAUCAAGGACGAUGUUCUGAACAAUGUCGACAACAUCUGAAUGCUACGCUUAGUACUACGAAUGGUGCUGACUUGAGAGAAUGUACUUGUACUGAUAAGGAGGACCAGCGGUGUUUGCAGCUGAAGGAUAUUACGCUUAAGACUUGUUUCGAGGAGGUGGGUUUGGCGUUCUUAUUGAUUUUGGGCAGGGUAUUUGAGUAGGGAGACAAAAAAAAACAAUUUUUUAAAAUGUUGAAAAAAAAAUUUUAUUUUUCAGUUUUUUUAUUUCACUGCACCACCUUGCCUUACUGCAUUUCUUAUAUCAAAACAUAUUUUCAGGAACGUCCAACCCCUCCACCGUUCGUCGAGACCAAUCGUGUCAGCGACGUCGACCCGAUUAGUCACGCUGACCCACGCCGACCAGCCAGCUCUGAUCCUCGCGACAUGCCAGACACGGCUGGCCAAACGGUCCUAUCAUUAGUGGUCCUCUUCUCGAUGCUCGGUCUGAUUCAACUGUAG